AGUAGCUCAUAUUCUGUCUUCAACAAUAUGAAAAAUCAGACAGAAAAUAAAACCUCAACUGCCCUAAAUCCAUUAAAAUACAUACAUUUUACAAUGAGAUACAUGUCUGAAAUGCAGCACAAGCAGUUACCAGUUGAAAAAGAUGCUGUACAGAGGAUCAAAAAAUGUAGAAAGCCUAAUGAAAAGGGACAGCCUGGUUUUACAGUCUGGCAGGGGGAUAGCACUGAGAUUAGGGGAUUGAGCAAAAAGCCGGCGUGCAGAAUUGCGGGUUUUUAUAUAAUGGCUUUAGUGAGUAUCCUUUAGGACCCAGUGGAAAUGUUCGGUGAGGCAAACUUGGUGAGUAAUGGCCAAUCAUUAAGCGGUGAUGAGGGAAAAGCGCCGAGUGCGAAGCCCCGGAGAGCCUGUCGAAUGCACCGCGCCGGGAGCGCAGCGUUUCUGCCGCUGAUCGCCGACCAACACGACACGCCAGAAUUAGAGUUGAUUCAAUGUUCAAGCCCGGGGGGAUUUGUGCUACAGGAGGUCACUGGAGUGCAGAGUGCCCGGCUCCCAUUUCCAGCAAGAUGCCUUAUUUCGCAAAACUCCUUUUAUUAAUCUUCUGCUUAGUUCUUCUUGUGGAAAGCAGAAGGCACAGGAGGAGGAGGUGGACGAACCAUUUGGAUGUGCAGAGGGCAAGUCACAUCUUUAAGAGGAAUCACGACUUGACCAAAGCUUGGAAAGGAAAGACAGAGCAGCUUCUCAGAGUCAAUGAACAUGACUUCACCAUGCGGCCAGCCUUUGGAGGCCCUGCGAUUCCUGUUGGGGUGGAUGUGCAAGUUGAAAGCUUGGACAGUAUUUCUGAGGUUGACAUGGAUUUCACUAUGACCUUGUACUUAAGGCACUACUGGAAGGAUGAGCGCCUCUCGUUUCCCAGCACCAACAAUAAGAGCAUGACCUUUGAUGGCAGGCUGGUGAAGAAGAUCUGGGUCCCUGAUGUCUUCUUCGUGCAUUCCAAGAGAUCCUUCAUCCAUGACACCACCACGGACAACAUCAUGCUGCGAGUGUUCCCUGAUGGGCACGUCCUCUACAGCAUGAGGGUCACAGUGACAGCAAUGUGCAACAUGGACUUCAGCCACUUCCCCCUGGACUCCCAGACAUGUUCUCUGGAGCUGGAAAGCUAUGCUUACACUGAUGAAGAUCUCAUGCUGUAUUGGAAAAAUGGGAAUGAAUCUCUGAAAACUGACGAGAAAAUUUCUUUGUCUCAGUUUUUGAUACAAAAAUUCCACACCACAUCAAGACUGGCUUUCUACAGUAGCACAGGGUGGUACAAUCGCCUCUAUAUAAAUUUCACUUUACGCCGACACAUCUUCUUCUUCCUGCUCCAAACCUACUUCCCUGCCACUCUCAUGGUCAUGUUGUCCUGGGUGUCCUUCUGGAUCGACCGACGAGCAGUUCCUGCCAGAGUCUCUUUGGGGAUAACCACCGUGCUGACCAUGUCCACGAUCAUCACUGGGGUGAAUGCCUCCAUGCCUCGUGUUUCCUACAUCAAAGCAGUGGACAUUUACCUGUGGGUCAGUUUUGUGUUUGUCUUCCUCUCUGUGCUGGAGUACGCGGCUGUGAAUUACCUGACAACGGUGCAAGAGCGGAAGGAGAGGAAACUGCGGGAGAGGUUUCCGUGCUCAUGUGGAAUGCCUCACUCGAAAACUAUGAUGCUGGAUGGAAACUACAGUGAAUCUGAUGCCAACAGCCUGGCAGGGUAUACAAGAAACCAGAUGGUACCAGAAGAAGAAAAACCAGAAAAGAUGGUUGUGCAUUUAGCUAUGAGCAAUGAAUCUAAUUCAUCAAGGAAGAGAGGCCUGAAGGGCCAUGUGGGCUUGCGCAUCAUCCAGAACACUCAUGCAAUCGAUAAAUAUUCAAGAUUAAUAUUCCCAGGCACCUAUAUAUUUUUUAAUUUGAUAUAUUGGUCUGUCUUUAGCUAAGCAUGCUGGCACAGCAGUGACUGAAUCAGAAGACAUCUACAAAACACUCUUUUGUUGGUACUUUUUUUUUUCUAAUCUGUACACAGAGCUAGAAACCUGAUUAUUUCAUUGCUUUUUUGAAGGAUAAAUGGGAGGACACAUCCUCCAGGAGGCAAUUCCACGUGCAGGCCUCAAGGAGGAACUUGCUGUGCUGGUUGGUUUCCAGCCCACC